AUGGCGGAUGUCAACGAGUUGUUCAAAUCCGGCAGUGCUGCGAAAAGAAAGCUUGAUGCUGUGCGAGAUCCCAAUGAAAUAUACAAGUCAGCAAAACUGAGCGCAGCUGACGCUGUCAGUCGACAUGCGAGCGCAGUAGACGCGGAAGGAGACGAUAGCGAUGUCUUUGCCGGACCGCCAAACCCAAACGAAGAUGGCGAAGACGAAGACUAUGGCCCAGAGAUGCCCCCGGACGACGAUGAUGAGGGACGAUUCUUUGGCGGGGGCAUCACACAACAGGAGUCUGAGAUUCUCGACUUCGUAGACGGCCACGGCGAGGAAUCAUCCGCCCCCGAAAAGAUCGAUGCUGGCUGGGUACGGAAAACGGCACUCAACUUCGAGAAGCGCAUAACCCGAAACGCUGAGCUGCGCGCAAGAUUCGCCGACGAGCCCAGCAAGUUUAUCGAGAGCGAAGCCGACCUCGACGCUGCCAUCAAAGACCUCUCGAUCCUGUCCGAGCACCCCGAGCUAUAUCCCCAGUUUGCCAAGCUUGGAUGCGUCGAGAGCCUCGUUGGGUUGCUAGCCCAUGACAACACAGAUAUUGCGAUUGAUGCGGUGGAAAUCAUCGGCGAGCUCACCGACGAGGACGUCAAUGCAGCGGAUGAAGAUUGGGAUACUCUGGUGGGUGCGUUAUUGACUGCAGACCUCGUCGGUUUGCUUGUGUCCAACUUCUCGCGUCUGGACGAGGAGGAUGAGUCCGACCGCGGCGUUAUUGAAAACCUUCUCUCCAAAACGACGAAUGCUGAAAAGGUGGGACAGAACACGACGCUGGUCAAAUGGCUACUCGACAGAGCACAACGCCAAGAGUCACCCGUAUCCCAAAAUAAGCAAUACGCUACGGAAAUUCUCGACAUCAUUGCGAACGCAUCGCCAGCAACAAGGCGGACACUCGCCGAGAUGGAUGCUGUCGAGGUAUUCCUCCAGCUGGUCUCUGCGUAUCGCAAACGUGAUCCCGAAAAGGGCGGCGAGGAGGAAGAGUACAUGGAGAACCUCUUCAACGCCCUCGUCUGCAUUGUGGAUGAGCCAGAAGGCAAGACCAAAUUUCUCGAAGCCGAGGGUGUCGAACUGUGCCUGAUCAUGCUCAAGGAGGGUAAGAUGAGCAAGCAACCGGCAAUGCGUCUUCUCGUACACUGCGUUGACGAAGAUAUGAGCGGGCAACUCUGCCAAAAAUUGGUGGAUGCUGGCGGGCUGAAGAAGACGAGCAAAACCCAGAGACAUAUGACAGAAAGCUUGUUUGAUGUGUUCAGGUCCUUGCUACGAUUUUUGCCCGCUGACUCUGCUGAGAGAAUCAGGACGUUGGCUAAGUUUGUGGAGAAGGAUUACGAAAAGCUGGGUCGGCUCUACGAGUGUCGGAGGAGGUAUAAUUCCAUGUUGUACGCGCAACAGGAAAAGAUUCGCCAAGAACGAGCGGGCAUGAGCGCUGAGGAGAUUGAGCUCUCGGAAGGCGAGUGGUUCAUGAGGAGGAUUGAGGAAGGCCUUUACAGCUUCUGGAACAUCGACGUUGUUUUAGCUUGGCUCAUAGCUGAAGAUUCCGGCGCUAAGAGGAGGGUGCAGAACCUCUUGGUCUCUGACGGGAGGGGUCUAUCAGCCAUCAAAGCGACGUUGGAGGAAUACCGAGCUGACCUCAACCUCGACAAGCCCGAGCACAAGGACCUCUCUGACAUGCUCACCACUCUCAUGGACUUUUUAGUUUAG